AUGUAUACCCUAAAACCCGGAGCCACGCCCGACUAUCGGGCCGGCGUCAAAGAGGUGGGCUUGCCCAUUCGUCAGAACCACGACGUUGUCCUGUCAGGCUGGUACUGGAGCGACAUUGGCACUCUGAACCAGGUGGUUCACAUCUGGGGCUACAAGGACCUGGAGCACCUGAACUCGCAGAAAGCCGCGGUGUACGGGGACCCCCGAUUGGGCCGGCAAGUACGUCCCCCGGGCACAGCCGCUGGUCGAGUCGCAGAAGACCUGGCUGAUGAUGUCUCCCGCCUUUGCGCCCACGUAUCCCGUUAG